AUCAGCUGCACUGGAAUUUUGACGUAUGCCACAUUGUCUUGUUACUUGUAGCUCGAAGAUAUUCUGCAAGAAGUUUUAUUCCACUUUUUGUAACAUACAUAUACGCAGCAGUAAAGUCGAAAAUGGAGAAUCAAGAGCUGCUUUCGCAAUUCCAAGCUCUUGGCAUGAGCGAACAAAAAGCUAAGGAAACAAUAAAAAAUGCAAAUGUGACCAAAAAUUUGCAACUUGCACUCUCAGAAGUGAAGAACACUGCACUUGGAGAAGGAGUUGGAAUGUUGCUAUAUCAUAUGGCAAGUAAAAUUAAGCCCCAAAUCAUUCACGAAUUGCCCUUAGUCACACAAUACAUCGUAGAGAAGAAGCUCGAUAAUACUUUAAGAGUUGAUGCAGCACUGGAGUACUUAUUGAAAAAUAUUCAAAAGAAAGGUGCAGUGGUCAACACAAAAGAAUUUAAUGAAUCAUGUGGUGUAGGUGUAAUUGUCACUCCGGAAGAGAUAGAGCGCACUGUACAGGAACACAUAAAACUUCAUAAAGAUAUGUUAUUAGAACAGCGUUAUCAUUUUAAUGCUUUUAAAAUUAUGCAGGAAGUACGUGCAAAACUCAAGUGGGCAGAUGCAAAAUCAGUAAAGGCAGCAAUAGAUGUAGAAAUCUUCGACUUACUUGGUCCAAAGACUGAAGAUGAUUUGAAACCUCCACCUAAAGUUGAAAAAAAGAAAGAAAAGCCAAGUACCUCUCUUGCAGAUAAAUCCAGCAAUAAUGCUAAAUUAGCACACCCAUCUAAUGUAAGUAUAGAUAGCAGUGAUGGAGCGAACACUAUUGCUGAAUUAAUGAAAAAUAAAGUGCAUUUUCACACACCGGGCGAAAAUUACAAAACAGAUGGUUAUGUGAUAACUGAUCAUACAGAACGUCUAUUGAAGGAACAUUUAAAACAGACUGGUGGUCGUGUACAAACACGGUUUCCACCAGAACCAAAUGGCAUUCUGCAUAUUGGACAUGCGAAAGCAAUAAACAUAAAUUUCGGCUAUGCCGCUUCCAAAGGCGGUGUCUGCUACCUUAGAUAUGACGACACAAACCCUGAGAAGGAAGAAGAGAAAUUCUUCGUCGGCAUACGUGAAAUGGUCGAAUGGCUGGGCUAUAAGCCUUAUAAAAUAACACACUCUUCCGACAACUUCCAACAAUUAUACGAAUGGGCAGUGGUCCUUAUACGAAAGGGUUUGGCAUAUGUCUGUCAUCAGGGCGCAGAUGAAAUGAAAGGAUUUAACCCGAAGCCGAGCCCAUGGCGUGAGCGUCCAAUUGAAGAAUCACUACAACUAUUUGAAGAUAUGAAAAACGGAAAAAUUGAUGAAGGGACAGCAACCCUUCGUUUAAAGCUAACUUUAGAAGAGGGUAAAGUCGAUCCAGUUGCCUACCGCAUUAAAUUUGUACCGCAUCAUCGCACUGGAAAUGACUGGUGCAUUUAUCCAACAUAUGAUUAUACUCACUGCCUUUGUGACUCUAUCGAAAAUAUUACUCACUCACUUUGCACUAAGGAGUUCCAGUCACGUCGAUCCUCGUAUUAUUGGCUUUGCAAUGCUUUGGAAAUUUAUUGUCCAGUACAAUGGGAGUAUGGUCGUCUUAAUAUGAAUUAUGCUCUUGUAUCCAAACGCAAAAUUGCUAAACUAAUCACGGAGCGUAUUGUCAAUGAUUGGGAUGAUCCACGCUUAUUCACAUUGACGGCAUUACGUCGCCGUGGGUUUCCCGCCGAAGCCAUUAAUAACUUCUGUGCUCAAAUGGGCGUCACUGGUGCUCAAAUAUCAGUUGACCCGAGUAUGUUGGAGGCAGCGGUACGUGAUAUACUUAAUAUAAGUGCGCCUCGGAGGCUUGUCGUUCUUGAGCCACUUAAAAUAACUCUAAUCAACUUUCCGCAUGAUAAACCUACCGAAAUAGAAGUACCUAACUUCCCGCAGAAUCCUGACGCUGGUUGCCACCACAUUUUGUUGGAUCGUGUUGUUUACAUAGAAAAAAGUGAUUUUAAAUUGGAUCCCGAAAAGGGCUACCGUCGCCUUGCUUUAGACCAACCUGUUGGAUUGCGGCACGCCGGCUUAGUUAUAUAUGUUAAAGAAGUGAAACAAAAUCCUCAAACCGGCGAAGUUCUUGAACUUAUUUGCGAAUGUAAACUCGCAGAACAGGCGGAAAAGCCCAAAGCAUUCAUACAGUGGGUCUCUCAGCCCAUCAAAAUAGAAGUGAGACUUUACGAUUUAUUAUUUAAGCACAAAAAUCCAGAAGAUACCAAUGAAGUGCCUGGUGGUUUUCUUUCUGAUAUCAAUGAAGAUUCCUUGUCUGUACUGGAAUCAUAUGCUGACCGUGCAUUAUCGAAUGUGAAGGUGUACGACAAAUUCCAAUUUGAGAGAAUUGGCUUCUUCUCAGUAGAUCCAGAUACCACUGAAAACCACAUUGUUUUCAACCGCACUGUAGGAUUGAAAGAAGAUGCUGGCAAGAAAUAAAAUUUCGAGCUUGAAUUUGACGCACAUUGAAAAAAUUUUUUAAACGAGUUUAAUAUAAAUGUAAAA